AUGGGACUCACUAAUGGUCAAUCUAUACAAGGUAAUGCUCACAUCCAACGUGGCUCGCGCAGGCAAGAUGCGGAACACCAGGCCCUCCCAUUGACAGCCCUUCCCUCUCUGCCCUUGUUCGUGCAGGCAAAUGCCUUUGCGCAGAACACUCCCGACAAGAUUGCCGUCGUGGACGCCACCAAAGGGCAGGAAUUCACCUAUGGACAACUGCUAGCCGAUGCGGUCGCCCUGAAGAAGGUCAUUUUGGAGGAGCUAGGCCUCACCGAAGUCGGAAACCUAGAAGAGCGCCGCAUCGCCUUCCUGACGCCCAACGGCUACGACUACGUGGUUACGCAAUGGGCCGUCUGGGCCGCGGGGGGUGUCACCGUCCCUCUCUGCACCACCCACCCCGUCAAAGAGCUCCUCUACACAAUCGGAGACUCCGACCCCUCCCUGAUUUUCCUGCACCCAACAUUCGCGCACUUCGAGACCCCCCUGAAGGAAAGCAUCAGUAAACCGAUCCCCUUCAAACCCCUCACUCCCCACCAGCAAACCACCACCGCAAUCACCCUCCCAACCAUCAGCCCAAUCUCAUUCCUGAACCACCGUGCCCUCAUGAUCUACACCUCCGGCACAACCAGCAACCCGAAGGGCUGCGUAACCACACACAAGAACAUCACCUUCCAAGCGCAAUGCCUGAUCGAAGCGUGGAAAUACAACCCCAGUGACCGACUCAUCCACGUGCUCCCCCUCCACCACAUCCACGGCAUCAUCAACGGCCUCACAGCCAGUCUCCUCAGCGGCGUCACCGUCGAAAUGCACCCGAAAUUCGACCCCGCCACGAUCUGGACCCGCUGGCGCGAAGGCGGCUCCACCAUGUUCAUGGCCGUGCCCACCAUCUACUCCCGCCUCAUCGACUACUUCGAAACCCACCUGCGAGGCACCGAGCACGAAACCGCCGCCCGCUCUGGCGCCCAGUCCCUCCGUCUUAUGGUCAGCGGGUCCGCGGCACUGCCGACCCCGGUUAAGAGCAAGUUCGCCGCCAUUACGGGACAGGUUCUUCUCGAGCGGUUUGGAAUGACUGAGAUCGGCAUGGCGAUUAGCUGUGGCUUGGAGACGGAGAAGCGCAUUGACGGGAGCGUGGGGUGGCCGUUGCCGGGUGUGCAGGUGCGGUUGACGGAUAAGGAGAGUGGGAAGGUGGUCGAUGCGGUGGAUGAGGAUGGGAUGAUUGAGAUCAAGGGUGACAAUGUCUUCAUUGAGUAUUGGCGUAAGCCGGAGGCUACGAAGAAGGAGUUUACUGAGGAUGGAUGGUUCAAGACUGGGGAUGUGGCGAGACGGGAUGCGCAGGGCGCGUAUUUUAUUCAGGGUCGUGCGUCUGUUGACUUGAUUAAGUCUGGGGGGUAUAAGAUCUCGGCGUUGGAGGUGGAGAGGAAGAUGCUGGGACUGGAUGCUAUCCAGGAGGUGGCGGUUGUGGGGUUGGCGGAUGAGGAAUGGGGACAGCGUGUGGCUGCCGUAGUUAAGCAGCGGUCUGGGACGGAACCCCUGGAACUGGCGAGUCUGCGUGCGCAGCUCAAGCAGGAGAUGGCGCCUUACAAGGUGCCGACGGUAUUGAAGUUGGUGGAAGCGAUUGAACGUAAUGCCAUGGGCAAAGUGAACAAGAAGACGCUGGUGCAGAAAUAUUGGCCGAAGCUGGCCUAGCCUAACCUAGAGAUAAUUAUAAUACCACAUAGAGUCCACUAACAACUGAACGAAUGCAUGAAUGUCAU